AUGAAGACUGAUCAUGUCGAGCCGGACGAUACGCAGGCCUUGGCCCGGCUGGGCAAGAAGCAGGUGCUUAAGCGGCGCUUUGGCUUCUUUUCCAUUGUGGGAUUUGCAAUGGCUGAACUCAUUACCUGGGAAACGGUCGUGACCCUGUUCUCCCAGGCGUUCGACGAUGGUGGCCCCGCGGGGGCCUUUUUUGGGUACAUCAUCGCCUGCCUAUCCACCUUGUCGGUCUAUACCGUGAUUUCGGAAUUGGCCUCGAUGGCCCCCAUCGCCGGCGGCCAGUACUACUGGGUAUAUAUGCUGGCGCCGAUGCGCUGGAAAAAGAUCUCCAGCUAUCUCAUUGGGUGGCUCACCACAUUAGCAUGGAUCGCCACGAUCGCCACGGAGACUAUCUUCUUGGGCACCAUGAUCGAGGGGCUCAUCAUACUGAAUGACCUAAAAUUCGUGCAGCAGCGAUGGCAGAAUACCCUGCUCGCCUGGGCAAGUGUGGUUGUGACCUUCUUCAUCAACGUGGUGUUGCCCAACAUUCUCCCGCGCUUCGAGAUAGGCAUCCUUGUGCUACACUUGGCCGGCUUCAUCGCCAUCAUGGCAACCUUGCUUGCCUUGGCACCCAAGAAGUCGGCCCAUUAUGUGUUCCACACCGCGUUGAACGAAGGCAAUUGGCCCACACAGGGCCUAUCGUACUGCGUCGGCUUUAUUGGGAACGUUGCGACCUUCGUCGGGGCUGAUGCAAGUGUGCACAUGGCGGAAGAGGUUGCCAACGCCGCGGUUGUGAUCCCCCGGGCGAUUAUCACCGGCAUGACCCUGAACAGUCUCCUUGGGCUGGCCAUGAUGCUCACUAUCCUGUUCUGUCUGGGCGAUACUGACUCGGUUCUGAACUCCGCAACAGGCUUCGCUUUCAUUCAGAUAUUCUACGACACCACCUCUUCCUAUGCAGGGGCGUCUUUCAUGACAGCCAUCAUCAUGGUCCUCACCAUGGCCUGCUGUACAGGUAUCACGACUACGGCAUCGCGUAUGACGUGGUCGUUCGCCCGCGACGAGGGUCUGCCAUUCUCCCGCUAUAUUAAGCGCGUACACAAGAGCACCAAAGUCCCUAUCAUAGCCGUCUCCGUAGUCUGCGGAUUAGCCUGUGCCUUGACUCUGAUCUACAUUGGAUCUACCACCGCCUUCAACGACGUGAUCUCCCUAACUGUCACCGGUUUCUACGGCACCUACUUCCUGCCCGCCGCAUUCCUUCUCUACCAUCGCAUCAAAGGCCAUGUCUUGCCCCAUGGCACCGUGCUCGACGCUCUGCCAGAUUCCGCCGCUAGCGCCAACCCCUCUGCCCUGGAAAAGCCUGCUGCCCUAGUGCGCCCUAAGAGCCCCAGUAAAGAAGUCUCCCCUGGCCAAGCUCCUCCUGAUAGCCCCGAACGCAACACCUCGGAAGACAAGGUCAAGCGACCGUUGGAGUUCGAAAUUGCGCAAGCUCCGCUGAUCUGGGGGCCGUGGAAGGUUCCUGGCAUCUUGGGUACUCUUAACAAUGCGUAUGCCUGUGUAUACAUGCUGUUUGUGAUCUUCUGGAGUGUCUGGCCUCCCACAGCCCACGUUGACUACACCACUAUGAACUACAGUAUCGUAGUGACGGCGGGGGUUCUGAUUCUGAGUGGGAUCUGGUAUUGGGUUCGCGCGCGGAAAGAUUAUCACGGCCCUCUGAUUGACGAGGAGGUUGCUGAGAUCAUGCAUCUUACUCCUGGCGCAGCUCAAUGA